GGGGGGAACUGACUUGGUGUCACUGACAUCCCCAGUGACACCAAUACAGUGAUCAGUGCUAAUAAAAAGCACUGACACUGUACUAAUGGCACUGGACAGGAAGGGGUUAACAUGAGGGGCGAUCAAAGGGUUAACUGUGUGCAAGGGCUGUGUGUGUGUGUGUGUGUGUGUGUUUUUCACUGUAAUCGCACUGCUGGAUGGCUGGAUGGCUGUGCAGUGUGCCUGAGCUGACAGGGAGGAGAACAGUUAGCAAACAAACA